UGUAUAUAAGCUGAACAGACCUUACAAUCCUCCUCAUACCCAAGAAUAUCAGAAAAUGACAACACUGUGGGUCCUGUCCUGCCUGGUCCUCCUCAGCGGAGCCUAUGGUUGCGGUGUUCCCGCCAUCAGUCCUCUUAUCUCCGACAACGCCAGGAUUGUGAAUGGAGAAAAUGCCGUCUCUGGUUCUUGGCCAUGGCAGGUGUCUAUUCAGAACAGCACCAGAUUCCACUUUUGUGGCGGCUCCGUCAUCAACAGUCUCUGGGUUGUCACCGCUGCCCACUGUGAAGUCAGAACUUCUGACCUUGUGAUCCUGGGUGAAUUCGAUCAAUCCUCCAAUGCUGAGCCCAUCCAGGUGAAGUCCGUCGGCAGAUUCUUCAGUCACCCGCAGUACAACGCCAGGACCUUUGUCAAUGACAUCGCCCUGAUCAAGCUUUCCAGUCCCGCCACCCUCAAUGACCGCGUGUCCCCCGUGUGUCUUGCUGCUUCCUCUGAUGUCUUCAAUGUGGGAGAAAGAUGCAUCACCAGCGGAUGGGGAUACACCGAUGCUGCAACUAAAGCGAAGCCAGCUAAACUCCAGCAGGCGUCCCUUCCUCUUCUGACCAACAGUCAGUGCCAGAGAUACUUCGGAGUCCAAAUUCAAUCCUCCAUGAUCUGCGCUGGAGCCUCCGGUGCCACCUCUUGCAUGGGUGACUCUGGUGGACCCCUCGUGUGCCAGAAGAACGGAGCCUGGACCCUGGCCGGUAUUGUGUCCUUUGGAAGCGGCACCUGCUCUACAUUUUAUCCCGCAGUCUACGCCCGUGUCACCUCCCUCAGAUCCUGGGUGGACCAGACUGUUGCCGCUAACUAAAUACCAUCCAAUGUCCUUUUGAUACUCAAUAAAGUAACUUUUCUAUUAA